AUGGCUGUCUACUUGCCACCGGGCUUCCCCUUCAUUCCUCCGCCGCCGCCGCCGCGCUCUCUGUGGUCUCCGCCACCGCCCCCGACGAGGCAUGGGCAGUUUUCGCCGGCGCCCAGAGACAACAACGCGACGUCCCCCGGCGGGGUCAUCGCAGGCGUCGUCAUCUCUGUCGGUGCCUUCCUUCUCGUGCUCUCCUUCGUGUGCAGCCUCUGCCAAGGGUACCGCAACAGCCGCGCCAAUGCCGCGGCUGCCGCAGCCCUCGCCGCGCGACCGCAGGCGCCACCACAACCACAGUACUGGGACAACGACGAACAUUGGCUGCGCCGCCACCGGAGCGACGACCUUGUUGACGACGGCGAUGGCCCCACACGCCGCGCAAGCCCUACGGCGGGCCUCCCGUCGUUCACGUACAACCGGGCGGUGAGGCACAACGUGACGGGCGGCGGCGACGAGGCGGCGACGACGUGCUCCGUGUGCCUCGGCGCGUUCCAGGCCGGGGAGACGGAUUCAUGA